GCCCGGCCGCCCUUGUUAUAUUUCCGGGUGAAGAUGGCGAGCAGGUCAACAUCGGUCGAGAAGCCCAUUCGGAGCCCCAUAGAGAAUCCCGGACUGGCCGAGUCCACCCUUCGGAGUCCUGCAGCCUGGAAAAGAUUUUAUUGAGACCAGGAACAAGACUUCGGGCGCCGUGGAUGCUAAGGCAUGUCCCUGGUGGAGGCUGCGGCAGCGCUGGACAAGCUGCUCCGUGGCCCCCCCCGCCCGCAGGGCUUCUACGCCUCCCCGAGUUACCCCUCCCUCCCCCGGUACCUCCAGCCCCAGGAAUCGCCGCAGGGUCCUACAUGUAGCACACCCCUGGAAGCCCCUCAGGUCUCCGCCCUGCUUCCCUGGAACACUCUAGGAUACCCUGUGCAGGACGUGUCGCUGCCGAUCUCGCCCCUCCAGCUGCCAGCCUGCCCCCUCGACCAGUCCUUCAGCCUCCCCGCCCUCCCCGACCGCCCCCUUAGCUCCACGCCGGCGUACCCCUCCAGGAGCUUUUUCCCCCGGCCGCCGCUGCCGCCCAGCCUCCCGCAGCCGUCGGAGCGCUGGCUCGCCCUCGCUAGGCGCUCGAGGAAGGCAGAACCACCGCAGGGCGAGCGCGGAGGAUCACCGCCGGAAGGCCAGGGGGGGCGGGAGGCUCGGCGCCCCGAAGGAGUUCGUGCCUCUCGACCCGGACAAGUACAAAACGGAGCUGUGCAGGUCGUACCAGCUGUACGGAGUCUGUAAAUACGGAGCCAGCAGGUGUAACUACGCCCACGGGCUGGUGCAGCUGCGAGGCGCCGCCCGCCACGGCAAGUACAAGACGAGGAACUGCCAGUCGUACCACCACACGGGCUCCUGCCGCUACGGCGCCCGCUGCUCCUUCAUCCACGACCCCGAGGAGGGCGUCCUCAAGUGCUCCAUCGCCAACAAGGAGGUGCUGGAGGCGCUGCACUACCGUCCGGCCGGCGAGGACGGCGGCCGCACGGCGAGCAUCACGUGGCGGCUCCUCGAGGCGGCCACCGACCCCGUCCCCGAGCUCCACCUCAUCGCCUGCUCGAGGCCGCUCGAGGAGGAGCUCAGUCUCUUCCUCUCCUCCUACUCGCCUCCCGAAGUCCGCAGGAGGACCAGCAGCGAGAGGAUCGUAGCGCAGCAUGACGAGGACGCCCUUGGCUUCGCUCUGCCCCGCCGGAGCGACGCGAGAACAGAGCUGUUUCGGGAGAACGUGGAUCUGCUGAGUGCGCUGACGGCGUGCGAGCUGGAUUACGAUGCUUUCGGGGACAAGCUGAGUGAGGCGCAGCAGCCCUUGGCCGACGCGCGCCACGGGAAGGGGAGGACGAAGAGCGAGAGUGCGUGCUACGUGCUAGACCAGGCGCUUCCGACGGCGGACGGCGUGGCUGAUCCUUGCAUCGCCCCGUUGUGUCCGACGCCUGAUGACUUAACGACGGUCCCCAAGGACGCCUGGAGACUCGACGACGAACCCUCAAGUAAGCCGGAUCGAAUUACGCGUCAGGUGGUGGAUCGCGAGGACCUGAAGGAACUCGAGGUGGUGCAGGAUAUCCUCCAUAAGGCGCCAGUCUACUCCGCGACCGUCUGGAGCGACGGCACGUGCGACGUCAAGGAGGAGGGUCGUUGCGCGUCCUUGCCCGCUCGCGGCGGUGCUCCUGACGGAGGCGACCAGAGUUCGGACGACGAGGCGCAGCAGAAGAACCUCAUCGCGCCCUCGUGGCAGAGGGUGAGGGGCUGCGUGUGCAAGAAGAGGAGCGUGGCCAGGAACAGACGCAGGAAGCGCCGAGGAAGGGCGAGCUCCCUGAGCAACGAGGAGCCGUCGUGGCUGUCCGUGCACUCGUCGCCGACGCGUGACGACGACGACCUGGUCUUCUCCAACACCCUCCGGAGCGACGACUCCGAGGAGGACCGACGCCUGGGAGCCGCGCUGAAGGUAGGGGCCAGCGGGAGCGAGGACGGCUGGUCCGAGUACGGCAUCCACCUCGCGGACUUGCUCCGCUCGCUGCGCGUUCAGGACUGCCACCAGCAGGUUCCCAGGACACGGGCGAGCUGCAAGCACUCCUCGGACGGCUCCGUGGUCAGCCACACCAAGUACAAGACGGAGCUCUGUCGGUCCUUCCAGUACAACGGCUUCUGCGGCUACGGCGAGUCGUGCCUGUACGCCCACGGCUCGCACGACCUCCGCACGUACCCGAAGCACCCGAUGUACCGCACCAAGCAGUGCUUCAGCUUCCACCAAAAGGGCUACUGCCUCUACGGCAGCCGGUGUCAGUUCCUGCAUGACCUUGAAUGACAGCUUCUUCGUUUCUUCGUUUUGUUCUUACGUUCCUUCUUAUUUUCCUGGCGUCUCCGAAAGCGUGUUUUUGCGUCUGAAGCGUCUCCCGGGAGUGGCCCCUUCAUCUCUCGCAAGACAAACCCCGCACUCUGCACCACAUCACGCCGCGCCACAUCAAUUCGUCACCCUCACCAGCUACUCGUCACCACCAUACACUCAUCGCCUUUCACACCACCUCCACCAGGUCACCGCCAUCUCCGCCACCCCCAUCUCCGUCGUCGUCAUGCGUCCUUGGCACUCGCUCUUCGUCGUCAGAAAAAAAGGCUUCGGAUAUUUCAGAAUAUUGUGGAUCUUUUUGGAGGGAGAAAUGAAAAGCGGCCACGUUUUUUCAGGGAGGGAAAUAUUUGAUCAGCGAUCGACAUGUGUAUCGAUUGCUUUUGCAAUAUUCAUGAUCAUUCGAGCAACGUUGCAACAGGAUGCUUGUGGGCAGAGGUCGUCGCUGGCCGCGGAAAUACUGGGAGAGCGAUAUUAUCACGAAUCUUAUUAUUGCUAAUGACUACGAUGAGGAAUAUACGUGUUCCUUUUGUUACUAGUUCUAUUUAUUUAGUUGUAUUAAGACAGUUUAAGGAAAAGUUUCACCUAUUUAUGAAUUUCUUUCACUGUUUAAAUGUUGCAUGCCUUAGAUAACUAAGUAUUUAUAUGUUAUUUAAAUAUAUUUUCUAUUACUAUUUAAUAAAGCAUAUAAAGUUC